GGGAGGAGGGCAGGAAGGGACAAACAGAAGGGAAGACGGGCAGGAUCAGCUCUUACCUUUCCCCAAGUUUCCAGACCGCGCCCUUCCUUCACUGCCUGAGCGCCUUCUGUUCCCGGCGCAACAUUUUCCUUCGCCCCGCGCGCGGGACGCGGGGCGCGGAGCACAGGACACUCUCAGCGCAGGACGCUCAGCACAGGGCUCGGCUCCGCAGCUUCAACACGGAGCGAGGAUGCGGGGACAGCGGGUGCUGCUUCUCGUCGGAUUCCUACUGCCUGGGCUCCUGCUUUCAGAGACCGCCAAAAUCCUAACUCUGUCCCUGAUGGGUGGAAGCCAUUUCCUACUGAUGGACCGGAUCUCUCAGAUUCUUCAAGACCACGGUCAUAAUGUCACCAUGUUUCUCCAGAGAGGAAAUUUAUUGCUAUCAGGUUUUAAAGAGGGUGAGAAAUCAUACAAUGUCAUUAACUGGCUUCUACCUGAAGAUUUUAACAAGGAAUUUAAGAAGUCCUUUGAUUUCUUUAUGGAAGAAACUUUGGGAGGCAGAAGCACAUUUGAGCACUAUUUCAAUAUUUUGGAACAACUAGGGCUUCAGUGCAGUCAUUUGCUCAGGAGACAUGAUAUCAUGAAUUCUUUAAAGAAUGAGAACUUCGACUUGGUGGUAGUUGAAACUUUUGACUACUGUCCUUUCCUGGUUGCUGAGAAGCUUGGGAGGCCAUUUGUGUCCUUUCUCCCUACCUCAUUUGGCACUGUGGACUUCGGGCCACCAAGCCCCCUGUCUUAUGUACCCGUAUUCCAUUCCUUGUUAACUGACCGCAUGGACUUCUGGGGCCGAGUAAAGAAUUUCCUGAUGUUCUUUAAUUUCUGCAUGAGGCAACGGCGAAUCCAUUCUGCCUUUGACAAGACCAUCAAGGAGCAUUUCCCAGAAGGCCCAAGGCCAGUUUUGUCUCAUCUCCUAAAGAAAGCAGAGCUGUGGUUUGUUAACUCCGACUUUGCCUUUGAAUUUGCUCGGCCUCUGCUUCCCAACACUGUGUAUGUUGGAGGCUUAUUGGCCAAACCUAUUAAACCAGUGCCACAGGAAUUUGAGAAUUUCAUCGCCAAGUUUGGAGACUCUGGUUUUGUCCUUGUGACCCUGGGCUCCAUGGUGAGCGUCAUUCGGUCCCAGGAAGUCCCCAAGGAGAUGAAUGCUGCCUUUGCUAGACUCCCUCAAGGGGUGAUAUGGAAGUAUAAAGCUUCCCAUUGGCCCAAAGACAUCAAAUUGGCAGCAAAUGUGAAACUCGUGGACUGGCUUCCUCAGAAUGACCUCCUGGGUCACCCUCACAUCCGACUUUUUGUCACCCAUGGUGGGAUGAAUAGUGUCAUGGAGGCCAUCCAACAUGGUGUGCCCAUGGUGGGGAUUCCUAUCCUUGGAGACCAGUAUGGAAAGAUGUCCAAGUUAUAGCCGAGUGGGGGAAACAAAAGUUGUGUGACACUAUGUAUAGUGUGAUUCCAUUUAUAAAUGUUUAGAGGAACUGAAAGAGACUUACCAAAUACCCCCAGAGGAUUCUGACAAACAUGUGCAGAACCUUUGGCCAAUGAGAUCUCCUAAGAGUCUGAUUCUUAAAUUCAAGUCCUGACUCUACCACACUGCUUAACCCUUUCGUGCCUCAGUUUCUUUUCUUUUUUCCUUCCAGUUUUACUGAAAUAUAAUUGACAUACAGCACUGUGUACAUUGAAGCUGUACAGCAUACUGGUCUGACCUUCUUCCAUCAUGAAAUGACGACUACCACACAUCACCUCAUAUACAAAACUAAAGAAAUAGAAAACACGAUUUUCUCCUGUGAUGAGAACUCUUAGGAUUUACUCUCUUAACUUUCAUAUAUAACAUAUAGCAGUGUUAACUAUAUUUAUCAUGUUGCACUUUACAUCCUUAGUACUGAGUUAGCGUAUAACCGGAAGCUUGUGCCUUUUGACUACCUUCAUCCAGUUCCUCCUUCCUGCAGCCCCACUUUUGGUGACCACAAAUCCGAUCCAACAAUUGCCUUUUGAACGCAGUACUUUGGAUAUUUGUGUUGUGGGGAUGAAGAAAAAAAGAGCUGCAAAAAA